AACAGGGUGAUGAAAUAAUGUGGAGACGCCUCUCUGACGCUGCAGUCAACCUGGACAAUGGAGUGCCCUUUCCGGUCAUUUCUGUCUGGUUAUGUUUUGCCUGGCCGCUUCCAGCUCUUUUGUUUUGGUUCUUCGAAUAUUGUGCCCGGCGACGGAGAGUGACGGCAGACGGUUCUGAUAGUGGCGACCGUUCGAUGGAUCCAGAAGAAGCAUUGUUGAGCCCGCGGCCGCAACAAGUCGAAAGAGAAUUCAAUCGUUUACAUCCUGGAAGGUUUCGGGUCAUGUUGGCAUCCUUGGAACAUUCCAUCCCUCAUUUGGGUUGCAAGGCGCAGGCAGGUGGUCUCGGGAAAGUCAUGAACCUGGUCGCUCGUCACCACCCUACAGACAUCCUCAUGAUACAUCCGAAACUGAAAGAUUUGACGUACCGCCACGAUUUUGAGCUUUCACCCCUCAGAAUCAAAGUGGACGAACAAGAGCAGCUGGUGAAAGUUUUUCAGUGCAAGCCUGCAGAUGAUGAUAGUCCCACUGCAACCAAACGGGGAUUCCUGUUGCUAUCUCAUCCUUGGUUUGAGGAGCGGGACAAGAAAACCAUCUAUCCCAAUCCGAUGUCCAAGAGAAAGGUGCUUUGCUUCUAUUCCCUUUGGAAUCAAUGCGUGGGCAAGUUGCUGCAACUGUACAAACCACAUAUUUAUCACUGCCCUGAUUUUCAUGCCUGCAUUGCGCCGUGGUACGCUCUGCAGAGUCAAGAUUCAGCGGAUCAAACUGUGCUUCGCAUGUUACUCGUUUUGCACAAUGCGGAGUACCAAGGCUCUGUUUCGACAGACAUGGUUCGCCGAAGACAAUGUGAGAAGUUGGCGCGCAUCUUCAAUGUUUCACAGGAAUUUGUUUUAAAACACCUUACUGCAGAAGGUCGAUUCAAUAUGCUAAAGGCUGGAGUUGACUUUCUGUUGGCACAUCAGGAGGGUCGGGGUGCGUGUGCUGUUUCACAAUUCUAUGCAGCUGAGUGCCAUUCAAGGUACAGCGUUUUCUGGCAACUGCCCGGCAUCGGUGGUGUCGACAACCCUAUGCUGGAGGACGAACGGGAGGUGAAUCUGGAAGACUUGAAACAAAAGAAGUCUGCGGCCAAAGCAAUGGUACAGCGCGAAUUUGGCUUGAAAGUAGAUCCUGACGCACGCCUCUUCGUCUCCUUGGGACGCCUCGUAAGACAGAAAGGUGUGGAUAUCCUUGCUGAUGUGGCAGAGUGGUUACUGAGCACAUAUCCAGAGGCACAACUCUUGGUGAUUGGGCCGCCUGCAGAUGGUUUUGGCUAUUAUGCUCAGAGAAGAUUGGAAGCACUGGCUGACUUGGAGCGCUUCCAAGGCAGGCUGGUGGCCAAAUGUGAGUUCAUUGAAGCACCCUCGUAUUUGAAAUGGGGUGCAGACUUUUGUUUGAUGCCAUCACGCGAUGAGCCCUUUGGAUAUGUGGACAUCGAGUUUGCUUGGCGAGGGGCCGUGAUUGUCGGAGCGCAAUCAGGAGGUCUGGGCAAAGUUCCCGGCUUUUACUACGUGCAACAGAACCGCGAGAAUUUGAGUCGCCUGCGCCGGGAACUGCGGACGGCUGUGAGUCGCGCAAUGGCAGCUAGUCAGAGGACGCUCAGAGAGAUGUCUUGCAGAGCAAUGGAGAGCAGCUUCCCCUUGGUGGAAUGGCAGGAGAGCUUGAUGGAGGCCUAUGAACUAUUGCAGCCACCUGGAUGUGUGGAUUCCAGCGUUGAGCUAAGUCAUGUUAGCUCUCCCAGCGCAGAGCAGACCGGCAGCAUCAACUGGUUUCCAGAUCAAGCUCCAGCGAUCGCGGCAGCUGAAACAUGUGAAACAGGCUGGCAUUCUGAGGAUGACAACGAGUUCUUUUGGCAAGAGCUAACUGAAGAAGAGCUCUCAGAAAGGGUCACAGCCCAACUGGAUGCGAGCAACGCUGAUCUGCCCAGCAUAGAGACCAUUUUGCAGACGAUUGGCACCGAACGAUCCAAAGAGCGUGAAAGCGGUGCGGUUGCAAAGUGGCUCAUUGAGCCAUGGUGUGGAACGGCUCGAGUGCAUUGGCUGGUGUCUUGUGCCUACAUCGCAUGCCCUUUGUCUUCUCUCUUAGUCUUGGUGGUGGCCAUGGAAUGGGGAAUUCGCGGAUCCACCGAACUUCCCAUGUGGUUCAAGCGAUUUCCCUGGUUCAAGGUGGUCUUCGGCAGCGGGUUAGAUCCGCCCAUCCUCAACAUGUUGCUGUUCUCCAUCAAUGCCUUGGCAGGUGCAGUUGGAGCUCCGAUUUGGGCCUGCUUGGCCAGGGUGGUGCAGCCGCGUCAGCUCUUGGCAGUGGCUAUGCUGCUGCAGGUGCCCUUUCUGACCACCAUGCUCUGUGUUCAUCGUCCCAACGUGUCCUUAGCCGCCACGGUGGUGUUCCUUCAGAGCAUGACGAGCUCAGGCUCCUUGAUUUUCGUCAGCUUCAACUUCAUGAUGAGUAUCAAGGCGGAUGUGAGCCACGCAGCCUAUCGCAUGGGCAUCUUGGAGAUGACCCGACAGGCGGUGACCUGGUUCAUCACCGCGUACAUCUUCCUGGCCUCGCCCUCGUCGAAGGCUGGCACCGCUGCAGAGCCCCUUCCGCCUGCGGUGUAUUGGCUGCUGCUCCCAACCACAGGAUUGGUGGUCCUUGCCACGAUGGUUCCGGGCUUCCUGUUCUGUAUGGCCCCGGGUCCCUACCGGGAAGAUGCACUGCCGAGCUGGGAUAUGAAGAAUUUCUGGAAGAAGCGAAGCUUCGUGAUUCUAUCCAUCUCAGAUAUUCUGGGAAGUUUGGUGCUUUUCCCCAGCACUUGUUACAUCCAGUGGUGGCUGGCCAACGGCUGGCGUGGGCCCGAUCUCGCCAUUCUCAGCGUUGUCUUCGCAUUUUCCCUUGCAGGUGUCACCAUUUUAUGGGCGAAAGCCUUGGGGAAUGCCAUCAUUCAUGGCUUUGCCCUGUUGAUGGGUGUGACUCUGCUGCUGCCGCCAGCCACCAUCCUGCGAGCACUCGUUCAAGAAGAGGUCUCAACCUACACCUUCUUGGGAAGAUCAAGCGUGGCCGUCGUUAUUUGUUGCGUUUCCCUGAUCUUCGAGGGAGUUCGCUGUUCAUCUUCUUGGGCUGUUAAGGUCAGAGUGUUGAAUUCCAGAUGGAGACUGCUGAGUUAUGGCAGCAUUGUUGUUUCCAUCCAAGGACUUGCGGGUUUUGUCUCGCCCUUCUUGUGUGAAUAUCUGGCACGGCGCAACAGCAGCACCUUCAUCUCUGCCAACCAAAAGGAGCUGGCGGAUGCUGCUUUGGUGACCUUGGUUCCACUGUCCCUCUUGCAGUUUGCUGCGCAAGUUGUGGCGGCUCCUUGGAUCAGACAGGAUUUGGGGAUCGCUUCUUCACACUCCUUGUAUCGUGACAGUUCUGUGGCGCUCCGCUUUCGCAGCUGGACCUUGAAGAAAUCUGCGUGGCGGAGGCUCCCGCCACAGAUGGCCAUCCUCUUCGGAUGCGUUUUAGGCGGUCUCGCCUUUUUCGUUCAAUUUCAUUUGAUCGAAAGGCCCAUUCCCUUCGCGCCGGUGCACCAGUGCGCUCAUGGAUUUCAGCGAUCCAGCUGUGAAGCGAUCGCCGAUGAAACUGAUCCCAGGAUGGCGGAGAAGUUUGCAUUUCGCGGGAUAGGCAGCUACGGGCUGAAUCGCUUCGGUCACAGCACCACUGGAAAAUACAACUGCCAGGUGCGGAUGAGAAUGCUGAAAGGAGACACCUUUAUCUUCUGGCCCAAGGGCAGAUGCCAAAUUUGGCGAUGUCACGAUGGCAUCGACGCCCGGAGAGCGAAACCUAUCACAGAUGGACGUGAAGUCUGGUCGCGGCACUGCAACAUGUCAGGUCAGAACCACAUCAUGGCGCAUCUCUUCGAAUGGCCUUGGGAAGAUAUUGCCAACGAGUGUGAGACAUAUCUGGGUCCUGCAGGCUUCAGUGCGGUACAGAUCUCACCGCCCACUGAACAUGUCAUUGGAGAUUCCUGGUCGACGCGUUACCAACCUGUCUCCUUCAAGUUGGAUUCACGCUCGGGAACCCCCGAUCAGUUCGAGGACAUGGUGGUGAGGUGCCAGAAAGCAGGCGUGUCAAUCAUGGUCGACCUGAUUCUGAACCACAUGGCAUCCCCUGUGGCACAGACCCCACGGGCGGACCGUGAUGCUGGCAAACAGUGUGGUGGCAAGGAGGAGACGGCUCGCACAUCGACCACUCCAUGUGUAGGUUGGUCAGGGACGCCUUAUGGCAACCGCGAAUUUCGUGCUGGCACUCCCGGACUGGACUAUUUCGAACGCUCGCAAUUCCAUCACUACGAAGGAAACUUCGAGUCGAACUGUGGCAUUCCGCCCUGGACGAACAAUCGAUUCCUCUGUGAUUUGUAUGGCUUGGUGGAUUUGGACACAGAGAAUGUGCUGGUUCAAGAGCAGCUGCAGAAUUUCGUGAAGGUCAUCUUUGAGCGAGGUGUGACGAUGUUGCGUUUGGAUGCUGCGAUGCAUGUCUAUCCUGAGACCUUCUUAGCCAUCCUGGCAGCCUUUCCAAUGAACUAUGUUGUGCAGGAAUUCUUUCCCGGACCCAUUAAGUUUGAGAAGGACACUUUGACGAAGGCUAGCAUGGUGGGGACCUUUACGAACUUUGACUUCGGAUCUCAGGUGGCGCAGGUGCUGUUCGACGUUUGGAAGGAUGGAGAAUGGGAAGAUUCGAGCACGCGCUUUGGGGACCUUCUGCACAUUGGAUCUCCGUCGCCGGAUUGUGUCUACAGCAUUUGUGACACUGCUUAUCCGCCAGUGCAAAGCCAAGUACGGGGGAAGAUCGACAAUCACGAUCAACAGCGGCAGCGAUGGAAACCUGCAAAGGGAGGACCACCAGACAGUCCUGUUUGCCGUUGGGAUGGAAAGGACUUCCGCCAGCUGAUGUGCAGAAAUGAGAUUCUUGAAAGCUCAAGACUCAACACUCACAAGGGAAGACGACUCUUCUACAAUUUGGCUCAGCUCUUUAUGCUUGCAUGGCCCUAUGCAGACGGUGUCCGUAUCAUGUCAUCAUAUGCCUUUGAAGAUUUUGACCAGGGCCCACCCGGAGUCCAAAACGGUUCCUGGCGGGAUCGUCCUUUGUCGCCCUCAGGGCGAUGUCGAUCCACUCCAUCGACAUCUCCUGUCACAGAUGCGUAUGACCAGGACCUUGAACAUCCUUGGGUCUGGCGCUGGCAGGGCGUGGCUGGCUUAGUGCGCUUCCGACGACUCCUGGGAGACUUGGCCCAUGGUGGAGUGACCCGCUGGCGUUUGUGGUCUGACAAGUCGGGGCAUGCAGCCUUCGGAUUGCACAACGUAUCCUUUGUAGCUUUGAACCACGGCUACAACUGGUGUCUCAGCUCUAUUCGGUGA